AUUGUUCCCAAUUGAUCAGCCGAAGAAGACCUUCCCAUCUACACUGCGAGCUCCAUUGCAAUGGCCCCCAAGAACACUUCGCGCAACCAUGAGCUGAUCAGGGGAAUUGGGAAGUUCUCGCGCUCCCAAAUGUACCACAAGAGGGGUCUUUGGGCUAUCAAGGCGAAGAACGGCGGCGUUUUCCCUCGCCACGACAAGAAGCCCGUCGAGCCUGCGGCGCCGGAGAAGCCGCCGAAGUUCUACCCUGCUGACGAUGUGAAGAAGCCCCUCGUCAACAAAGACAAGCCAAAGCCUACAAAGCUCAGGUCAAGUAUUACUCCGGGGACUAUUCUGAUCAUCCUCGCCGGAAGAUUCAAGGGAAAGAGAGUGGUGUUCCUGAAGCAGCUCUCCUCCGGUUUACUCCUUAUCACCGGCCCGUUCAAGAUCAACGGUGUUCCUCUGCGGCGCGUGAAUCAGGCGUAUGUGAUUGGGACUUCGACCAAGGUAGACAUUUCUGGGGUCAAUGUGGACAAGAUUGAUGAUAAGUACUUCGGUAAGAAGGCUGAGAAGAAGAAGAAGAAGAAGACUGAAGGAGAGUUCUUUGAAUCUGAAAAAGAGGAGAAGAAAGGGAUACCACAAGAGAAGAAGGAUGACCAGAAGGAGGUGGAUGGUGCAUUGAUCAAAGCCAUUGAGGCAGUGCCGGAUUUGAAGACUUAUUUGGGAGCAAGGUUCUCCCUCAAGGACGGCAUGAAACCUCACCUGCUCGUCUUUUAAAUGCAGUAGUGAUUUAUUUCUGUUUUUGUUUAUUUCUGUUUCUGUGUUCUGUGAUCUGAUUUUGCCAGUGACACAAAACUGCUUCUUAAUUUAUAAAAUUAAAUCUGAGGUUCAAAU